GCCCGGGCGGCCCCUGAGGACGGAGUUCCCCCGGGGCUGGCCGGGUUCUCGCCGCCCUGCGCGGGCGCUGGGACACCGCGGCCGUGACGUCAGGCCCGGGACUGCCCGUUGCCAUGAGACGGCCGGUUUGCGAUCCCGUCGGUUGCGCGGGCGCCGAGUGUACACAGAAACGGCAGAAACGGACCCCGUCGGCGGCACAGGCGCCGCCGCGGCCGCGCCUUCCGCGGAUUCCCACGACACCUGGGCUCAGAGGGGUCCCAGGCCGCGGCGAGAGCCAUGAGCCAGCGGCAAGUGUUUAACGUGUUCGAGCAGUACCAGAAAGCCCGCGUCCAGUUCGUGCAGAUGGUAGCGGAGCUGGCGAACAAACCGCAGAACAUCGAGAUCCUGCAGAACGCGGGUGUCAUAUCUUUACUGCGGCCCCUUCUUCUGGAUGUCGUCCCUUCAGUCCAACAGACCGCGGCGCUGGCUCUUGGGAGACUGGCCAAUUACAAUGAAGACCUAGCAGAAGCCAUUGUGAAGGACAACAUCCUUCCACAGCUUGUUUAUUCGAUGACAGAGCAGAAUCGUUUCUACAAGAAAGCAGCUGCGUUUGUGUUCCGAGCAGUUAGCAAACACUCGCCCCAGCUCGCUCAAGCGGUGGUCGACUGCGGCGCGCUGGGCAUUCUGGUGAUAUGCCUGGAAGAUUUUGACCCUGGAGUCAAGGAGGCUGCAGCUUGGGCCCUUGGAUAUAUCUCAAGACAUAAUGCAGAACUGUCACAAGCUGUGGUGGAUGAGGGAGCUGUUCCUCUUUUAGUCCUCUGUAUCCAGGAGCCAGAGAUUGCUCUGAAAAGGGUUGCGGCCUCGGUCCUCAGCGAUAUCGCCAAGCAUUGUCCGGAAUUAGCACACGCCGUGGUGGAUGCAGGAGCCAUCCCUCACCUCGCUCAGAUGAUCGUCAGUCCCAAUGCGAAACUGAAGUGCCAGGUCCUUUCUGCGCUCAGCCAGAUUGCCAAACACUGUGUGGACCUCGCAGAGAUGGUCGUGGAAGCGGAGAUCUUCCCGGUCGUGCUCACCUGUCUGAAGGACAAGGAUGACGAUGUGAAGAGAAACGGGUCUAUCUUAGUGAGAGAAAUCGCAAAACACUCACCCGAGCUCUCUCAACUGAUAGUUAACCGAGGAGGAGUGGCUGCUGUGAUUGAUUGCAUCAGCUCCUGCAAAGGGAGCAUACGGCUGCCCGGCAUCAUGAUGCUCGGCUAUGUGGCGGCUCAUUCCGAAAACCUCGCUAUGGCUGUCAUCAUUUCCAAGGGUGUGCCCCAGUUGUCAAUCUGCUUGUCAGAAGAGCCAGAAGAUCACAUUAAGGCCGCGACUGCUUGGUCCUUAGGACAGAUUGGGAGACACACUUCAGAGCACGCCAAGGCUGUCGCGGUCACUAACACCCUGCCGGUCCUGCUGUCCUUGUACAUGGCCGCGGAGAGCUCCGAGGACCUCCAGGUUAAGUGUGAGAAAUCCAUGAAGAACAUCCUGCAGAAGUGCACCCACGUCCCCGCCCUGGAGCCCCUCCUGCAUGACGCGCCCCCCAACAUCCUGAAGCACGUACUGGAGCAGUUCAGCAAGGUGCUGCCGCAUGACAGCAAAGCUCGAAGAUUUUUUGUUACAAGUGGUGGCCUCAAAAAGAUUCAGCAAAUAAAAGCAGAACCUGGCUCUCUCCUUCAAGAAUAUAUCAAUAAAAUUAACAACUGCUACCCAGAAGAAAUAGUAAGGUAUUAUUCCCCUGGAUUUUCAGAUGCACUUCUGCAGAGGGUGGACAGCUAUCAACCUCCUACUAACUAAACAAAGUCAUGUUUUUAUACCGAGACCACAAAGUCUUUGUGAAUAGUAGUUGUUGAAGUUCUUCCUAAAUAUUUUAUCUAAGUAAAUAAUAGAUUUACUCAAUGCAAAAUACCUUUAAAUAAAGUUUUAUGCAUAUAUGU